GAGAAACCCGAGGCGAACCCCGGAAGUUCCGUCGUUAGUGGUCACUGUCAGCCCGUUGUUAGACCGAUGUGUUGCUACCGCUGCGGGUACGGCUGUGUUAGAGCAGGAGUUUAGCUCAAACGGGACAUCAAAGUGUAAUAAGAAGGCGUUCCCAACAAAAGAAAUUGGGAAUAUUAAGGUGUCAGCCUACCUGCCAGUCUUCAUAUAUACUUCAUCCUGAAUGCUGGUCCAGGAGGUACACACCACAGCAUGUUAUUGUGAAGAGAGAACAUAUUAGGGCAGGAUGCAGUCUUCAAACCACAGACUGCGAGAUAUGGAGCAGCACCACCCGCUGCUGUCGGCAGGUGCAGAUGUCGAGACAGGGAGCCUGGCAGCCGGGGUGAUGGUCGGCGGUCCUCACGUGGGCCACACAGCGGGCAACCGUACACUGUGGUUCAUUCAGGACAGCUGUGGGAUGGUGUGUGCAGCUAUCACCUGGUUUCUGGUGCUGUACGCUGAAUUUGUGGUGAACUUUGUCAUGCUGCUGCCCGGCAAAAACGUCUGGUACUCGCUGCUGAACGGGGCCACCUUCAACUCCCUGGCUGUGCUUGCGUUGGCCUCACAUCUGCGCACCAUGUUGACUGACCCGGGCGCAGUUCCUAAGGGCAAUGCAACCAAGGAGUACAUGGAGAGCUUACAGCUUAAGCCUGGUGAGGUAAUCUACAAGUGCCCCAAGUGCUGCAGCAUCAAGCCUGAGAGGGCACACCACUGCAGUAUUUGUAAAAGGUGCAUCCGGAAGAUGGAUCACCACUGUCCCUGGGUCAAUAACUGCGUGGGAGAAAAGAAUCAGAGAUUCUUUGUACUUUUCACUAUGUACAUAGCCUUGAUUUCUGCCCAUGCCCUGGGCCUCAGUGGUAUGCACUUCUUCACCUGUAUUAAAGUCCAGUGGAAUGAGUGCAGUGACUUCUCUCCAGGGGUGUCUGUGCUGCUGCUGAUCUUCCUCUGUCUCGAAGCCAUCCUCUUCCUCACUUUCACAGCUGUAAUGUUUGGUACGCAGAUCCACUCCAUCUGCAAUGACGAGACGAGGGGUUUGAAUGUCUUGCAGGAGAUUGAACGUCUUAAAAAUGAGAAGCCCACAUGGGAGCGUCGCAUGAGAUGGGACGGAAUGAAAGCUGUAUUUGGGGGUCCGCCCUCCCUGCUGUGGUGCAAUCCAUUCACAGGCCUGCGUCUGCGGCGGCUGUUGCUGUUGACCCACGGUCGCCGCAGCGGGUCUGAGUUUUCUGUUUGAAGGCAGGGCAGAAUGAUGCUGCUCGCCAACACUUGACCAUCUCUAAAGCAAGAUUUCUUGUAUGUGCUCCUUGGCCGGAGCUAAGAUGGACCUCUGCCCUCUGAGGCUGUCCUUCAUGUGCGGGUGACAGGGAGACAGGCUGCUCCAGUGGGACCCCAGUGCAUCACAACCACCACUGAAAGUUUGUAUUCUCACCCACAUGCUGAUGUAGACCCAACAACUUUGGUCUGCACAAGUAUGCUGAACAACUGGAAUAAGUUUUUAACAUGAGCAGCUUUUUGGUUUGUUUGAGUGUUUUUACGUAAAGCAUGCAGUAUGUAACUCAAGUGAGUCUUUUGUGAGACCAUCCAAGGUGCUGUUUGAACUCAACGCACCUUCAGUACACAACUUCAGCAGUUUGUUUUCUUUACUGCGCACGAGAUUAAAGAUUAGUGUUUGAAUUUUUUGAGGGGGUAUCAACAACAUAUCUUUCAUCAUCACUGGACCCAGACAAGUGGAUCUAAAUGGGGAAAUGUUUGAAACUGCUCUAUUGGACCUAGACAAGGGAAUCACAGUCAAGGAUGUGCACUACUUACAUUUCACUUGAGAAAAGGUCUGGACAUGGAGCACAGUUGAUAUCAGACAUGGAACUGUGCUUCCUUGAUUUGCAUGUAUAACACCUCAGUGUUAAACAGUCAGCAUCUCAGCCAGGAAAUGAGGCUUUCACUAUCUUCAAAUGAAUGAACAGGCUACUGUGAACACAAGCCUCAUUCUUAUUCAAGAGGACUGAGUGGCUUUUCCUAUCUGUUCAACUUUGUCAUGUUUUUCCUUCCUUUGGGCUGAAACUGUUGAUUCUUUAGUUCCCUCGGGCCAGUAGAAAUUCAUUUUCCUUUUUUUAAAUAACUGCUGAAGCUUCUUUAACUUUCAUCACAGUGACCACUCCUCAACAGUUGACCAUAAAGACUCACUGGAGAUGACUACUGUUAUUCUGACUCUUCAUUUGGAUUAAAAAAAAAAAUCACUGUUUUGUAUUAGUUGUACGUAUAAGUUUGCCAUUCCACUCCACCACUGAUAUGCCUCCUUGUGUUUUCAUAACAAAGUGAUUCAGGUUGAACAACUUUGGCUGCUGAAAAGACUGAAUGUUAUUAAAUUUGAAUUGUUUUACACAUAAACAUUUUUCUCUGUAGGAUACUGGAGGCUGCUUCUGUGUAUAGUAGGAAUCCAUAUGCAAGAACAGUUGGAUAAGACUUCAUAGCAUUUAAACUCUAAAAAGCAACCUUAAAAACCCCUGAGACAUAGCCAAGUCUCAGACGGGGUGGCUUUGCAUGCUCCUUGGCCACCGUUUGGUGCCGCAUUUUGAAAAGGAGAACUUAAAUCACUAGCACAACCUCCUUUGGCUCGGUGUGAGCUCAUUCUGAACUACAGAGCCAAGCUCCAUUGUGCAGUCAGCCUGAAGAAUUAAAAAGGAACUGCUUUGCUGAAAGAGGCUGAGGUACCAGGCUCAUUAGACAAGCUUUAAUACUGAACAAAGUCUCGGGGAGCUCAGCAGAUGCUUUGCAAGGCCUUUCCUACUUCACUCCAGAAAUGUCACGCCUGUAACAACUAGUGGCAGGACAGUAGCAGAUAUUUUUCCAGUUAUUAGAACACUUAUCCAUGCCUUUUAAAUCAUUCAGUCAAGUGAAUUUAUCAGCUUGAAAGACUUUGUCAUUAUCGCUUACUUCUGAAAGUUUUCUUCUCAUUUUGGGACAACUUGUCUCCUAUUUUUACUCCACAUAAUCAAUGGGCCUGUUUGCACUGGAUGAGUGUGACCUUUUGAAUCUAGAGUUCAGGAUUUAUUUCCAUGGUAUUGUCAAAGUAUUGUCAUAUCUAGAUUCUUAAAGUCAAAUUGUUAUCGCGUGUUGGACAAUAUACUGCUGUUUGUUCUCAUCUGUGGUUGUCAGGAGAAGGAACUAUAUCUCCACUGUUUACACUAAAUGAUAUCUGAUGCGCUAUGGCUAUAAAGAAACAUGCUGUCAUUAGAAUGUACAACUUAUCUAUUUUGGGACUGAGGGACACAGCACUGAAAGCUAACUGAUAUCAGGGGAUGUUAUUAAUGCUGGCCUCUCAUUUCUCAUUUUAUUCUGCUUGACUGCAUCAUCUCAGCCACAUAAUAAAUGUUGGGAGAAUAUCACACAUACUUUCUGUACAUUCAGCAUGGUUCAUUCAGCAAGUCAUUUAUCCUAAUGUGCUCAGUGUGCUUUUUAAUUUAUGAGGUGCAAAAUUAAAAGGAGUCAAGUUUAGCCAAAUGCAUUGUGUCCAUAAAAAUCAUAUACAAGCUGUCUUUCAUUUAUACAUGUGCAUAAGACUUACCAGAAAACAACAGGAAAAUUCAUGCUGUUUGGCAGACGCACAAAAAUUUUGCUAAUUAAGCAAUGCCUGUUGCAGGUAUUUGUGGCAAAAUUACAUCCAGAGCCAAUGAGAGGGCUCUAAUAAACACAAAAUGUCAUUAUAAUAGAAUGAAAUAUCUGAAGCAGGACUUGAGGUAACAGUGGCAGGACUAAUACACUGCUAAACUUUGUAUUUGUAGGAAGUAGCAGAACAUCAGAGCUAAUUAUGGAUUGACAAAUAUUGCUGUGUUGACUGAGUAUAAGUAUUUGAUGUUGACUGGUAUAAUUUUGGCAAUAAUUUGGGCUUGGUUGAUGUAUACAAGUAUUUCACAAGUGUGUGUCAUGACCAAACUCAGAUGCUGUAAUCAUAACGUCUUCAAUUGGGAUUCUGUUACAAGGUAUGUAGUUUUACAUUCAUGCUCAGCAAUAGAAUCAAUGAAUGAUGAUUUGUAAAGGGUUAUACCGGUAAUUGUACUUUCUCCACCUUCUGCUGUAUGACUGAAACACAUACAAUCACCGUGAGGAGAGUAUUGUUAGACAAUGUGCAAAAUUGUGUAGACCAAUACAAUACUAAGGUUUUCUCACAUUAGUUUGCAGUUAAAUUGGGAUUUACGCAGAAAAUGUAGGAUAAAGAACAUUUUGUGAAGUAUAGUGAUGGGUGUUUGAUCAGAGUUACCAUUAACAUUGCCAUGAAAAAUUGAGAAAGGUUUUGUUUCCUACUCUUCUGAGAGAAUGUUUCCUCAAGAACAAAAGUCCUUCAGCUUUAUAAACAAAGUAUAAAGGUUACUAUUAACAAUAUAUAUGGAAUGUUUUAUUCAAGUUUUUUUUGUAUUAAUUUGUGUGUCAUAAUCUUAUAUCUUAUAUUGUCAUUCUUUUACAUAAUAAACUUGAUUAAAUUAAAGCUAUAAAUUGUGA